GCCUGUGGGAGCACAGUUUUCAUCAGACAAAGCUCCAGCAAUCUCAGAGGUACAAACACACUUGGAAAAUCAGUCUAGAUACCAUAUCCAGCAAAGUCAGCGGCACCAGGUGAAGCAGUACUUGACCCUUGACACAAAACUGUCCAGCCAGACUCUCUCCCUGUCCCACUCCCACACAGUCCAGCCCACAGGAGUGACCUCUAUUUUAAGGAACGGACACAUGCCUCCAGUCAGUGAUAUUGGCACACCAGAGAGUCCCGUGACCAAGCUUCUGGCCCUUGGAGGAGAACAUGAAAAUGCGAUGGAAGAAGUUAUUGAAGACAUAAUCAAUAUGGAAUCAAGUUUUAAUGAUGAUGGGAUAGGUUGCUCUGAAACACCUCUUCUGAUGCAAAGAACUCUAUCUAGCAGCAUUUUGGAUAUAUAUAACAGUGACCAGGGAAUGGCACCAGCUAAUAUGAGUCUCACAACUGCAUCUUGUCCAGCUAAUCUACCAGUAAAAAGGGAACUCACAGAAGCAGAUACGCGAGCAAUGGCCAAGGAGAGACAAAAAAAGGAUAACCACAAUCUCAUUGAGAGAAGAAGAAGGUAUAACAUUAAUUACCGAAUCAAGGAGCUUGGCACACUCAUCCCCAAGUCUAAUGAUCCUGAUAUGCGCUGGAACAAAGGAACUAUUUUAAAAGCAUCAGUGGAGUACAUCAAGUGGCUACAAAAAGAACAACAGAGAGCCAGAGAAUUAGAACACAGACAGAAGAAAUUAGAGCACGCUAACAGAAGACUUCUACUCCGAAUUCAGGAACUAGAGAUCCAGGCACGUGCGCAUGGCCUUCCAGUCAUGUCUUCGCUCAGUGCAGUAGAUUUAGCUGCUCAGGUCACCAAGCAACAGUCAUAUCCAGAGGAGAACUCUGUAGACUACUCUCAUCAAAUGCCUCUGGCUCAUGGACCAAAUUCUGAUGUUUGUGAUGGAUCUACAGCCUUUUCUGAUCCACUUUCCCACUUCACCGAUUUGUCCUUCAGCGCAGCUCUAAAAGAAGAGCAACGACUAGAGGAAAUUUUAUUGGAUGACACAGUAUCACCAUUUGGAGCAGACCCUCUCUUGUCCUCCACAUCCCCAGCUGCAUCAAAAGAGAGCAGCAGGAGAAGCAGCUUUAGCACAGAUGAUGGGGAAGAUUUAUAAAAGCAGAAAGGGCCUCACAUUUCCUUGAACCACUUGCUAACAGACUGAGUUGAACAUAAGCAUGGUGUGUGUGCUUGUUCCAAAUAUGAAUAUGGAAAACCACUGUGAAGAUAACAGGCAAGGCUUAAAUCAGCAUUUACUUCACAGGAAAAGGAGAUAUACAUGGAUUCAGAUCACUUUGCCCCAGAUUCACAUCAUCUGUUCACAGCUGACAUUUGCACAAAUCUUUCUUCCCUGGAAACCUUUUUACUACUGUUCCACGACUUUUUAUAGCAGUAUGAAAAUGCUUUCCACAAAAGGAAUGUCUGUGUUACACAAAUGUGUUCAGACUCUGUCUUCAAUCUGCAUUUACAUUUAUCUGUUAUAUAUGUGCUGCUUAGUAAUUUGCUAUUUUUUUUUAUAACAAUGAGAAUAUUGUGUUAAAGAUUCUACAAAACAUGAGAAACAGUAGGAGAAUAUGUAAACUGGGAACUAUAGAGUGAUACAUGUUUUAAAAUCCGAAAAAACAAAUAGUAAUUCAUUUGCACAAGUGAAGUGAGCAUGAAUUUAAAACCACAUAGACUUCCUGUAAUGAUACAGGAGAAAAAUAGAAACUAACAUAAUGACAGAAACACAAAGAAACUCAAACAGAAAAAGGUGAUGUUUCAGUAGAAAGUGUUUAGAAAGACUGUGGAUGUACAAGACUGAACAAAGAUAUUCCACAUUACCAUCAGCACAAUUUAAAACAAAUACUACUGGUAAAAGUGCUGUGUAAGCUGCUUAUUCCAAGAAUAAUCAAGCUGUAUCCUUCUUGAUGUGGAAUAGAUAAGAAUAUGGAACAGUGUGCUUCUGGACUGUGCUUCCAGAGCUUUUUGGGAGCACAUUAAGGUUUUUCUAAAGGGAGUCUGUCUUUUCCAUAGCUAUGCCUUUGCAUUGUUUGUGAAUAGAGAGAAUAGGCCAGAUUUCCAUUAUACGCAUUGAAACAAUGGUAAUUCAAUUUCAAAUUUGCCUUUGCAAUCACUAUAGAAAAGCAAGUAAGACUUCAAAUCAAAGGAAAUAUUUGGAAGACUUGAUGCGUUUUCCUGGAGUACACUAAGUGCAGUCAUUCUAAUUGUAAUAUUAACAUGUAGAAAAUAAGCUCGUACAAGUUCUUCAUUGCUCUUCCUCCACCAGCGUCAAAAGAGCAUAUUUGGGAGUUUUCUAAUAAUUCAAAAUAUAUUUCAAACGUAUGUAUUAAGUUUUGCAGUCACUGAGCUCUGCUUGAUUUCCCAGAAAAUUCGCCUGAUUAGAAACAAAGAAGAAAAUGGAAUGCUGUUUGUGUCAAUGGUAUAAAUGUAUUUGAACAUACUUUUCAAGAACUAAUCCUUUGCUUCCUCCUAUUUCCUCUUCUGUUAUUUGUACCUGAGGUCUAAUUUAUCCAGAGCCUUAGCCCAUUCCUGACCAACCCAUGGUUAUGAAACAUUAUGGUGCGCCCAAUUUCAUGAGAGUCUGUAUGCUUAUAGGAAACUCGAGGAUACCUGUUUGCCUCUGUAAACUAUUUUGAUGUAAGAUGAACAGAGCAGAAGUAACUUCUUGUCAAGUAUGUGUGGGUUCCCAAAAAGCCAGCACAAAACUGGUUCUGAUACACUUGUACUGUAUGAUUAAGAUUUUUUUUCAUUUUUCAUUUUUAUUUUUAUUUGUACAUCGAGGAAAGGAAUGGAAAAACAAAGUGAUACUAACCAAAAUUAAUUGACCUCCAAUAACUGGAGUGCUUCCUUAAAUGACACUCAACAAAACUUGCUUUGUCAUAGUUAUGCUAAAGACAAGCUAAGUAUUCAUUGAAAUUGGUGUUCAUAUAAAAAAUAUGAUGAAUUGGAAGUAGAAUUUGUGCCCACAUUGUGUCUAGCUUAGGAUGUGUAUUGUCCAUGUCAGCUAAUGAAAGGAAAGGAUACUUGAUUGACAUCAAAUGCCAUUUGUCCUUGUACUGCAGUUUCUGCUAUAUUAGUUUUAAAUACACCAGUGUGGAUUGCUCAUAAUGGAGAAAAAGAAAUUAAAAAUGAAUGUAUUACAUGAUUUUCCCAUUGAACUUUUACAUAGGACGUAGACCACAGUUCUGAACUAUAUUGACUUUAAAUAACAUCUUGAGUUUCAUGACUAUUAUAAGGACUGCUCUAAAAAAGCAUUAUAGU